AUGGCUACGAAAACUCCGAAUUACCAGCAAGUUCGGAUACCUCCUAUUAAGCCUGAGCUUGUCGAUUAUAUCGAUGCUGUUCCAAUGAUUCCUGCUCAAAUGAAUCAAGCUUAUGAAAGUAAUAAACUCAAUCUUUUCUACUUAGAGUCCGUUAAAAAGCGAUACACUGCAAUAAUUGAAAAAGAAAGUAAAUGUCUCAUAGAAAUUUCCCGCGAAAAGAAUAAAAAAUAUGAUUGCUCAUUGCCUCAAUUUAAGUAUGCCCGUCAUAAGUUCCAGAAGUACUUCUACAAGUAUCAUUAUAGUAGAUUCACACGAUUUCAGAAGAACUAUGCUUUAGUUGUUACUUUACUUCAAUUCUUUAGAGAAUGUAUUGGAUGUCAUGCUCCAAUCUCAUUUAAGAGAGAAGUAUUCACAAAACAGAUCACAAUGGAAGAUCCUCCUGAUGAUAAAAAGCUUUCUUAUAAGAUUAUUUCGCUUGGAAAUUAUGCAAAAGCUCUACUUCGCUCAAACAAGAAACUUGAAGCUAGUGAGCUCCUUGAGACCCUUCAUAGAGUAUCCCAGAAUGCCGAUGAAACCAUCAAUUACAUUCCUCCAAAUGAAUUUGAUACACAAUUCAUGUUAUACGCAGUACAGAACGGUCUUAUCAAGAAAUUUGUUCAAUUUGCAAAGCAGAUGCCUCAUCUACAAAUCAAAACUGAGCAACUUCCAAAGCCUGAAGAAAAGAAACUUUCAACUACAAAAUCUGCUGAAUUUAUUCCAGAUUUUCCGAUGUUUUCUGAAAAUCCUGAUGGUAAACCAGCAGAAGAUGAUGAUAAUGAUGAAUCUAUUAGUGAUGAAAGGCUUUUCCAGUCAAAUUUGUUUGAUGUGCAGCCUCAAGUACAAUUAAAUGAUGCAGCUCCUUCACUUCUUGCUCCUCCCGUCAUGUUCGAUGCCGAACAGGAUAUUUCUACAGUUCAGACCUUUAAUUUCAAAGAAUUUAACCAAUUUGUCCAAUUUUUCUUCAUUGCCCUUAACAGUGACUUCAAAACAGAUAAGAAAGUCUUUACAACCAUGAGAUGCGCUUCCAUUCGCAUUUUAUUCGAUGUUUAUUACAAUACGAUGGGAAAUCCUUUUUAUUCUCCUUACCAAUCCGUCAAAUACUUCAUGAACAUAGAGAAUUCUCUGAAGAAGUCCCCAGAAACCCUUGGAAUCCAAACUUCUCUUUAUCCGGCCGCAUUUAAGUCAAAACCGGCCAAAGAAAUCUUCGGAAUGUCCAACCAUUUCGCCAAUGCUAUAGAGACUAUUAUUAAUGUUCAGUUCUUCAACAAUCCAUUGGAUAUCGCGUUUGCAAUGUACAAUGUGAUUUCUGAGAUACAGAACGGUAUCAGGGAGUCCAUGAAUAUUAAUAGUAAGAUUCUAGACAUGAGCUUUGACGACUUGUUUGGCUUCUUAAUUCCUGUUUUUGCUUUGAAUCCAACUCCAUCCCCUGUUGUUUUCCACAAAUUCUUAUCAGCGUUUGAAGAACUUAAGAUAUCAACAACACUGGAAUACUCAUGCACAUGUUUGAAAGCAAUUUUAGCUCAUUUUAUGGAAAAUAAGAAUUAA